CCUCCUCCCUCUCUCUGUCUCCUCUCUCUGUUUCUUUCAUUACAGAGAGAAUUGAACAAAAAUGGUGAAGUUCUCGAAGGAGCUGGAAGCUCAACUGAUCCCGGAAUGGAAGGACGCGUUUGUCAAUUACUGGCAACUCAAGAAACACAUAAAGAAGAUCAAAAUAGCUCGAAUUCCCAAUCAAUCUAAACAAUUAAACCACGACUUCGGUCUCUCCAUUUUCGACCCUGUUCGCUGCUUCCUUUCCAAGAUAUCAUCCACCACUCCUCAUAACAACAUCACCACCACCACGGAAGUCAUUCAGGUGAAGAGCAAAACCAUGCAUAGUGAUGAUACAGACGAUGAAGAAGAACAAGUGUACCAAACCGAUCUCGUUCAUUUAUUCUCCGAAGAAGAUGAGGUGAAGGAGUUCUUUGAGAGAUUGAAUGAUGAGUUGAACAAAGUGAACCAGUUUUACAAGACUAAAGAGGGUGAGUUCGUGGAGAGAGGAGAGAUUCUGCUCAAACAGCUUCAGAUUCUUCUAGACCUUAAGCAGAUUCUCAACGAGCGGCGCCGGAAGCUCAGUCCGGGAAUUCUUCCUCGUUCUUGGCCUUCCUCUGGCCAUCACUCCGAUUUUUCAGAGAGUCCUGCAGGAUCAAUUGAUGAGGCAUCAACAAAGACAGAUGAGAUAAUAGCAGCAUUAGAGAAGAAUGGAGUGAACUUCAUCAAUUCCGCAUCGACGAGGGCUAAAACCAAGCAAGGGAAGCCUAAGAUGGCUAUGAGGAUUGAUAUUCCAUCGACAACGCCCACUCGGACAAUCACAGCAGUGACAUCGAUGCUUUGGGAAGAUUUAGUGAACAAUCCCAAGAAACAAGGACCUGGAGAUUUCAUCAAUAGGAAGAAAAUACAGUGUGCUGAGAAGAUGAUUAGAGGAGCAUUUGUUGAGCUAUACAGAGGUCUUGGACUUUUAAAAACUUACAGCUCAUUGAAUAUGAUGGCUUUUUCAAAGAUACUCAAGAAAUUCGACAAGGUAGCAAACCGGCAGGAAUCCGCGAAUUACCUGAAAGUAGUAAAGAGAUCUCAUUUCAUUAGCUCUGAUAAGAUUGUUAGACUGAUGGAUGAAGUGGAGUCCAUAUUCACCAAGAACUUCGCCAACAAUGACAGGAAAAGGGCCAUGAAGUUCUUAAGACCGCAACAGCAGAAAGAUUCACACAUGGUCACAUUUUUCGUCGGUUUGUUCACUGGUUGUUUCGUAUCAUUGUUCAGUGUUUACGCGAUUCUGGCACACUUGGCUGGUGUUUUUUCUCCUGGUACCGGAAUAACGUAUAUGGAAACUGUCUAUCCUGUUUUCAGUGUGUUUGCACUGUUGAGCUUGCACUUGUUUAUGUAUGGAUGCAACCUAUUUAUGUGGAAGAGUAUGAGGAUCAACUACAACUUCAUUUUUGAAUUUCAACCUAACACAGCUUUGAAGUAUAGAGAUGCAUUUCUCAUUUGCACCACUUUCAUGACUUCUGUGGUUGGAGCAAUGGUCAUCCAUCUCCUUUUACGCGCCAACGGAUUUUUCCCGAGUCAUGUCGAUGCCAUUCCUGGAAUUCUUCUGCUAAUUUUUCUUGUGUUGCUUGUAUGUCCAUUCAAUGUCCCGUAUCGACCAACUCGCUUUUGCUUCAUCCGGAUCAUACGAAACAUAGUUUUCUCUCCACUUUAUAAGGUUUUGAUGGUAGAUUUUUUCAUGGCAGAUCAACUUACUAGUCAGAUUCCUCUGUUGAGGCACUUAGAAUCCACAGCCUGCUAUUUUCUUGCAGGAAGUUUCAAGACACAUAGCUAUAAAACCUGCAACUCCACAAGAUUAUAUAGGGAACUCGCUUAUGUGAUCUCUUUUAUGCCAUAUUAUUGGCGAGCGAUGCAGUGUGCGAGGCGAUGGUUUGACGAGAGUGACUUGAAUCAUCUAGCGAAUAUGGGGAAGUAUGUUUCGGCGAUGGUAGCAGCAGGAGCCAGAAUUACAUAUUCUAGGCAGAGUGACAACCUAUGGUUUGCUAUAGUGUUGGUGACUUCUGUGGCUGCUACUAUUUAUCAGUUGUAUUGGGAUUUUGUCAAAGAUUGGGGCAUUCUCAACACCAAGUCCAAGAAUCCAUGGCUUAGGGAUGAUCUUGUUUUGAAGAACAAGAGCGUUUACUACUUGUCCAUUGCACUGAAUGUAGUUCUUAGAGUGGUUUGGGUGGAGACUAUCAUGGGGUUUCACUUUAACAUGGUUGAGUCGCGAUUAUUGGACUUUUUCAUGGCUUCGUUGGAGAUUAUUCGACGAGGGCAUUGGAAUUUCUACAGGUUGGAGAAUGAGCAUUUGAACAAUGUUGGGAAGUUCAGGGCAGUGAAGGCAGUGCCAUUACCCUUCCGUGAGACUGAUUCUGAUAGCUGAGAUGAAAUGUGGUUGUCUGUACAGAAAUACCAUGGAUAAACUCAUAGAGGAGCAUGGAGCAGCAUUCCAUCGGUGCUUUCUACCGCCAUUGAUGAAAGGAUCCACAUUUUAGUGGAACUGUUUGGCGAGAGCUUGCCCAGCAUUCAUCGAAGUGUUCCGCUCUUCAACCUGCAAUUGUAAAGCUCAUAGUUUGAUGAGUCUAGUUUGUAUCUCUCUUUUAUGUGAUGUAAAUGAAUGCAAUGAAAACAAUGUUGCAUUUUUCUAUUUGUUUGGCAAUGAGCUCCAAAUCCAAGUAGCUAGCUAUAGUAGCAUAUAUGGUCAUCUGAUAAGAGUGUAGAAAUGACAACAAAUAAAAACUGAAUCAUCAACUGCUCUAGUUUUUCAA